AUGAAGACCUCGCAAGCUUACGCCCUUCUCUCCCUCGCCCUCUUGGGCGAGAGCUGCAUUCUCCCCGGCGAAGCCUCAGGCGACCACAUCGCUCGUCGCCAGGCUACGGGCUCGAACACGGGCAUCGCCAUCGGCACGGGCGACCGCUUCGAAGGAGGAAAGAAGUUUCCCCGCGGCCUCGGCUCCCAGCCCGCCGGCACGAACCUCGAGACCCUCCUCAACGUCAACGAGAUCAAGAGCGCCGUCCGCGGGCUCGUCGAGGAGUACGACAUCGAGUACUUCGAGUCCCCCUACAAGACGUACCAAAACGCGUCUUGGUUCGGCGCAAAGGUCGGCGGCUCCGGCAACUGCAGCGACGCCUACCGCGUCUAUUUCAACGCCGCCAUUCACGCCCGUGAGCGCGGCGCCUCGGACAACAUCGUCUACUUCAUCUCGGACCUCCUGUACGCGAACAAGCACGGUGAGGGCCUCACGUUCGGCGGCCGCACGUACUCCAACUGCGAUGUGCAGCGCGCGCUGUCGACGGGCAUCGUCUUCACGCCCCUGAGCAACCCCGACGGCGUGGCGUACGACCAAGCGACGCACAGCUGCUGGCGCAAGAACCGCAACCCCGCCGCGUCGGGAGGCGACCCCAACGCCGUCGGCAUCGACCUGAACCGCAACUUCGACUUCUUGUUCGACUUCCUCAAGGACUUUGCGCCCAGCGUCGGACCCAACGUCGCGUCGGAGAACCCGCGUGCCCAGACGUACCACGGCGCCAGCGCAUUCUCGGAGCCCGAGACCAAGAGCAUCAAGUGGGUGAUGGACGAGCACAAGGAGGUGCGGUGGUUCAUGGACAUCCACAGCUACAUCGGUGUUGUGCUGUACAACUGGGGCAGCGACGAGAACCAGCUGCGCAAGCCGUACAUGAACUUCCUGAACGAGUCGUACGACGCCGUAAGGGGUCUGAUGCCUGACACGCCGUCCAACAACGGCAUCUACGGCGAGUACAUCCCGAGCAGCGACUGGUCAGAGAAGGUGUUCGCGGCAAUGCGCAUGGGUAACGCCAUGGAUGCCGCCGUGGGACGUCACUACGAGGUCCAGCAGAGCGCGUACCUGUACCCGACGUCGGGUGCUAGCGACGACUAUGCCUACUCGCGCCACUUUGCAGACCCCUCGCUCGGCAAGAUCCACGGCUUCACUGUCGAGUUUGGAUUUGGCAAUAACGAGGCCAGCUGCCCGUUCUAUCCGACCCCUAACCAGUACCACCAGAACCUGCUUGAGACGAGCGCCGGCUUCAUGGAGUACCUGCUAGCUGCGUCUGAGAUUGGCGUCGGCGAGCCGGCUUCUUGUGAGGCGUGA